GUUAAAGCUGAGACAACGAAACCUUUGAAACCCAAGUCAGCUGCAACACAUUCCCCUGUUGAGGUACCUCGUCGGAGGGACUUCUAUUUUAGGUCAGCAAGAUCUCUGGCUGGAAGUGAUACUCCACCAUUUCAAUCUUACAUUAAGCCCAAAAGCGGUCCUUCUGCUUUGGAGCGUGACGCUGAUUCAUCAUCUGAAGACGAACCACUUCCACCUUCUUCCUUAACCAACCCUGUCACUCAGCCUUGGAGAAUUUCACGUUCGGGGGGCUAUGGGACUUUCCUGGCUGCUACUGCUGCCAACUUUCCUCUUCCAAGCAAUUCUUUGAAGGAGGUUCACAUAAAUCAAACUGGGAGGAGAUUAUUGCAGGAAGAUAAUAGCAACAUCUAUGGGCAAUCGCUGGGGUGGUUGAUGGCUGCUAUAUACAUGGGAGGGCGAGUCCCCCAGAUUUGGCUGAACAUUAAAAGAGGGAGUGUGGAGGGCUUGAACCCUCUGAUGUUCAUCUUCGCCCUUAUUGCCAAUGCCACUUACGUCGGGAGCAUUCUGGUGAGAAGCACGGAAUGGGAGAAGAUAAAAGCUAACCUGCCAUGGCUGCUGGAUGCAAUAGUCUGCGUGUUGCUUGAUCUCUUAAUCAUCCUCCAGUUCAUCUACUACAAGUACAUUGGGCGAAAGAAGAUUCAUUACGUUGGUUAA